AUGUCUGCCUCUCCAAAGUUAAUCGUUUUAUGUAAUCCAUUAUUGGAUAUCCAAGCUACUGUUGACCAAGAUUAUUUGAACAAAUAUUCUUUAAAGGCUAAUGAUGCUAUUUUGGUUGAUGCCAAAUCUGAAGAUGCAAAGAUGGCCAUUUAUGACGAAUUAGCUAGUUAUCCAGAUGUUAAAUACAUUGCAGGUGGUGCUGGUCAAAAUUCUGCUAGAGGUGUGGCUUAUAUGUUGGGUAAGGACCAAGUUGCUUAUUUUGGUUCUGUUGGUCAAGAUAAAUAUGCUGAUAAGUUAGCUGCUGAAAAUGAAGCUGCUGGUGUUACCUCUUUAUACCAAAUCAUUCCAGAUGUCGGUACUGGUAAAUGUGCUGCUUUGAUCACUGGUCAUGACAGAUCUUUGGUUACUGAUUUAGGUGCUGCUAACUCUUUCACACCAGACCAUUUGGAUAAACACUGGUCUGUCAUUGAAGCUGCUAAAUUAUUCUAUGUUAGUGGUUUCCAUUUGACUGUCUCUAAGGAUGCUGUUAUCAAGUUAGGUAAGCAUGCUAAAGAAACUGGUAAACCAUUUAUCUUAAACUUAAGUGCCCCAUUUAUUUUACAAUUUUUCAAGCAACAAGUUGAAGAUGUCUUGCCAUACACUACUAUGGUUGUUGCCAACGAAUCCGAAGCUGCUGCUUACGCUGAAUCAUUUGGUUUAACUUGUGACAAAGAAGAUCUAGCUGCCGUUGCAAAGGCUAUCGUUGGUGACUCCGAAGAUAGAACCGUUGUCUUCACCCAUGGUUUAGAACCAACCAUUGUCGUCACUAAGAAUGAAACAAAAUCCUACCCAGUUAAACCAUUAGAAAGCUCUAAAAUUGUUGACACUAACGGUGCUGGCGAUGCAUUCGCUGCUGGUAUGUUAGCUGGUUUAACCGAAGGUAAACCAUUAGAAAAGUCCAUCGACAUGGGUCAAUGGUUAGCUGCUCUAUCCAUUCAAGAAAUCGGUGCUGCUUAUCCAAAGGAAAAAUUACAAUACUCUGCCUAA